CUGCUUAAUAUCUGUUGCUUGAAGAACACUCGCUGUUGAGCUUUCGGCUUUAUCACGCACAGCUCUUAUCCAUCUCUCGUCUUAUCGCGCUAUCGGGAAACCUCUUAUCGUCAAUAUGCCCCAAAAAGUCUAUGUCACCUACAACCAGGUCCACAAGCUAUGCCAAUCCUCGGCUGAACAAAUCCUCAACACAUUCCACCCCAACUUGAUGAUCGCUAUUGGUGGAGGCGGUUAUGUCCCUGCCCGCAUCCUCCGAUCGUUCCUCAAGCGCCCCGGCGAGCCCAACAUCCCUAUUCAGGCCAUUGGUCUGUCGCUCUACGAGGAUCUUGGUCGCGGUGACCCAGAGGAGGUCCCCGGUACAAAGGUUACCCGAACACAAUGGCUGGACCUGAGUUCCCUGGAAAUGGCCAACCUGAUUGGCAAGAACAUUCUCAUUGUCGACGAGGUCGAUGACACCCGGACAACACUGGAAUAUGCCGUUCGUGAACUGCAAAAGGAUGUUGAGCUUGCGCAAAAGCAGCUUGGUCGCGAAGGCGAGAAGACGAAUUUCUUCGUGUUUGUGCUACACAACAAAAACAAGUCGAAGAAGGGCCAACUGCCCACUGACAUGAUGGAGUCCGGCCGGUACCACGCCGCUGUCACCACUGAUGACGUUUGGAUUUGCUACCCAUGGGAGGCGAAGGAUAUUGAUGAACACGACGCACUCGCGAAGGCAAACCCCCUAGUCUAAGGUUCAGUCAGCGAAAACCUCAAUCUUUCGCAUCUGUUAUGAUCUCGAAAUGCGCUCCCUCCGCCGGUUACUAGAAUCGUCCCCCCUCUGCUUCGAGGAGCCAACGAUCUCAGGCGUCUUUUACGAAUGGGUUUUAUAGAUAAAAGCAAUCACUUCAGCAUAUCUUCAUAAGAGGAUCUAUCUACCUGCAGGGAAUAGACCAUUUUUUUGCGUGGUCGCUUUUUGGAACAUUCACUUUUUUAUGAGUUCUCACGCCCAGGCACGAUCCCACAAAAACAAUCUCACUCUGCGAUCUACACAUACCUGGCAUACGCAUUUUAUGAUACUGUAUGCAGCCAAAAUGCAAACAGACCGUAUCAUUGUAGUAUAUAUUACAAUAUCUCCUUUACCUCUCGUGAACCUAUGCCGCCCAUAUGAGUGGCCAGAGGCCUCGCCUCAAAUGCUAUAAUAGAAAGUUAUCGUUCGAUUCUCGCAUUUAGUCCACGUCAACAUUUGCCCGGCGCAGUUCAGCCUUGGCCUGCUCGAUCUCCCCCUGCAGCUCCUUGUGCGCCUCAGGCACAUCGUGGAAAGUGAAGAUCGCCAGACCCAGGCGGCCGAGAAGGUAGCAUCCGAAAGAUAUGAG